AUGCAUAAGGUGAAUCUGGACUGGCCUAGUGGUUAUAACUUGACCUGUUCUUCCAUGAGUUGCCCACACUUCUGGAUUAAUAUUAGCUUCCACUGUGGGGAAAUAAAGGAUUUGUCCUCGGGCUAUAAGAAUGCUGACCCCAUACCUGGCAGUCGCCCUCAACAAACAUGGCGCCGAUGGCCUCAGUACGUCAAGCGACACGCCCUCCGGCCUCUUCCGGCGCUUCUUUUAUCACCGCAGCCGGAAGCCGAGCGGCAGAGUGGGCGGUCUGGCUUUCGGGCCGGCGGCGGACUGCGUGGCUUUGUGGCCGCGCGCUGGCGCUGCAGGGAGGGAUGCUGUGCCCCUGGGAGAGCCCGUCGCGGGAGCGCAAGGAGCUGGACAGACUCUGGAGCUUCCACGCUGACUUCUCGGACGACCGGCGCCAGGGCUUCCAGGAGCAGUGCUGAGUUCCUGUUCUGGGCUUCAUUCUGCAUGACCCAUCUCAGCAGGAGGGCCAGGGACCUCAUCCUCUAUGGCACCAAGGAAUUCAGCUUCCUGCAGCUCUCAGAUGCCUACAGGUUAUCACCUAACAGCAAUAAACCUCACAUUGCACAGCUUUGGGAUGUGUUGGAUAAACCUGUGCCAGGCAGAC